CCUUCGCAAACUACAGUUUCCAGGAUUCUUUUGAGAGGAGCCGUGACUGGUUCGAGCGGCAUCACCCUGCUUUAAAAGUCUAGGGCGGUUGGGGUCUUGGUCUCGGCGGAUAAGCUGGGGUUUUGUUUCAGGGAACCGGAGACUGACCUGGAGCUCUGCUAGCUCAGCUGCCGGGACCGGGCAGUUCCUCCCGCACCCGGAUGCUUGACUGUGCGUGCCUUUGUAGGACAACGCGUGCCUUUUCUGGGAGCGACGCCGGCUUCGGUGUCGGCACCUGCCGUUCUGCUGGGGGCGGAACUCAGCCUCCUUCUCUCCCCCCCUCUCCCUCCCCUCUCCUCCCCUCUUCGCCUGGCAUCCUCUGCCAGCCACUUCCUGGAGAAGUGCGGGCCGCCCUCCAAGAGGACUAGGAUGAUGACCUGAACAGCGCUUCCCACUUUCCAGCGAACCCGGAUCCACCUGCCUGCAUCCCGGGCUGGAGAGAAGAUCCUUCAGCUGGCUUCUUCCACGGGGUUCAGGAUGAAACUUCACCCAGUAAAGAACUGAAGCAACCUGCUAGGUUGAUUUCAAGAGAUCUUUCAUACUAGGGCAAAGAUUUGGUUCCAUCAUGUCUUUCCACUACAAUGAAGCCUUUGAAAACCCGGACUAUCAUUACUCUGAAACGCUGGAGAUUGACAGAACAAGACCUUCUCAAAGGAGAACUUCUUUUAGUUUUAAUCCUUACGAUUCCUACAAUGAUUACAACAUAGAAGAUGGAAGAGAGCAGGAUGCAUUUGUCCUAAGACCUGUGAACUCAGUGCGGAUUCCAUCCGAUGAUGAAUACAGACCGAACAAUUUUGGGUUUCAGAUGCCUGGUACAAACCCAUAUAGAAACCCACAUGUUAAUCCUUCAUUUGAGUAUGAACCAGAAUUAACGCAGAUGUCACCUCCUUUCAAUAAUUCUCUGAAUGACCAUUAUACACGCAGACCAUCUGAUAUGCCUGAUGGAGUUAACUUCAUCCAGAGACUGAACAGGCAAGAGGAUGAUAUGGUCUUCAUGACACCUUCUAGUCUGCUUCGAUUAGACCCAGGAUAUAAGGAGGAAGAGAAAAAAGAAGAAGAAAAGUUAAUCGGUGAUCUUGCAGCCAUGUCCACCCGAGAAAGAAUGAAAGCCAUCCAGAAGAUUCCAAAACCAAUGAAAGAAAAGAGAGAGAUCAGGAAUAAAGUUCUUACGAAGAGAACAAAAAAGUCCUCCAGCCAUCAUGCUCAGAUUAACUGUUGCGCCCAGUGCUUCUACAACAUCGCCUUGUUUUUCCGACGGUUUAAAAAUGGAUUCUGGGACUGCUUUCAGCUCCUCAAGCUCUGGCAAAGGACUCUAAAAGACAUUGGUGGCAAGUUUGGGACCAGCGUCCGUUCCUAUUUUGUGUUUCUGACAUGGCUCCUGGCGUUCAACAUUUUCUCAUUCCUUGUGAACUUCAGUUUUAUUGCAGUCCCUCAGCUCAUAGCAGGCAAACCAAAUAACCUUUCGUUUACUGGUCUGGAGAUUUUCACUGGAGCUGGUUAUUUUAAAGACACUGUGCUCUAUUAUGGGUUUUACUCCAAUGCUACAGUCACGAAAAAUGAGAGCAUCUCUCCGUAUUACAUGCAGCUGGCCUAUAUUUUCACCAUAGGAAUUUACUUCAUUAUUUGCUUCUUAAGCAUACUUUACAGCAUGGCGAAGUCCUUCCGCAACAACUUUGUUAAUCCUCAGCUGUACUCCGGCAACGCUGCCAAACUCCUCUGUGUCUGGGACUUCAGUGUAACCAAUGAGAAAGCUGUGAAGCUGAAGCAGAAAAAUCUCAGCACUGAGAUAAAGGAGACCUUGUCUGAAGGGAAUACUGAAGCUCUGAAGCUUUCUCUGGGUCAGAAAAUUGCCCAGAUCUCUGUUCAUCUGGCAGCCUGGAUUGUCUCAGUGGUGGUAGCAGUCGCAUCGUGUGCUGGCAUUUACUUCUUUUCCCACACUGAUUUAUUUCUCAAUAAAGAUUUAACUGAGCUGGAAAGCGAAGCAACCACCCUGGUACUGCCAAUUGUGGUGAGCCUUCUCAAUCAUGGCGUACCUUUCAUCUACUCUUUCUUUGGCUUUGUUGAAAAAUUCACUCACCUCCGGUACCAGAUCUACACUGCUAUUAUCAGGAAUGUUAUUCUGAAAAUAUCGAUCAUUGGAAUCCUCUGCUAUUACUGGCUUAACAAAGUGCCUGCAUCAAAGGCAGAGUGCUGGGAAACUCUGGUUGGCCAAGAUAUAUACAGGCUGCUUGUAGCUGACUUCAUCUGCUGCUUACUGGGAUCUUUCUUUGGAGAAUUCCUGCAGAGAAUCAUUGGAACCAAAUGCUGCAAAAAACUUGGCGUGCCAGAAUUUGACAUUGCUCGAAAUGUUUUGGAUUUGAUCUAUGCACAGACUUUGACAUGGAUUGGCAUCUUCUUCUCGCCUCUAGUGCCAGCCAUCCAGAUGAUAUCAUUGUUCAUAAUCUUUUGUGUGAAAAAGGUCAGUCUGAUGAUGAACUGCCAGCCACCUCGCCAAGCUUGGAGAGCUUCUCAGAUGAACACCGUCUUUGUUUUCCUCCUGUUUUUCCCAUCUUUCACUGGAGUCCUCUCUGUCAUAGCAGUCACUGUCUGGAGGCUGAAGCCUUCCAAGACGUGCGGUCCUUUCCGAGGCCUGGUGACCAUCUUUGAGGCUGUUUCCAGCUGGCUGGGGAUACUCUCCAGUUAUUCCGGCUCGAGAUGGGUUGUGUGGAUUUAUCAUAACUUACUCGAAAGCGUGCAUUUCUUCCUCAUCCUUUCCAUCAUUGUUCUAAUUAUCACAUACCUCUACUGGCAAAUAAUAGAUGGGCGUAAAAUAAUGGUGAAACUUCUGCAAGAGCAGAUCAUCAAUGAAGGCAAAGAUAAAAUGUUUCUAUUGAAGAAACUACGUGCACUGCAGGCAUCUAAACUUCUAAAUUCAGGACAGCAGCUGCAGAGGAAUUCAUCUGUUCACCAGACUAGACUGCAAAUGCAUUUCCAAUUGCCUAACUCCACUGACAGCCUUCCAGCAGCGAGGGAAAGAGACUCUUACUUUGAGUCUUCAAGAAUUCCUGAAAUGACCAGUUUCUCUCAUGCAACUCAAGAGAAUGGCCGGACAGGCAGAGAUGCUGAGGCUUCUGAAGCUCUGGCUUUGGCUUUGAGAGCCAGGCAAGAGGCGGAAUGGGAAAUGGAAGAUGAAGAAAGUUCCUGAAAGUACAGGAGUGCCAAAUGCACAACAAGGCACCCCUGACAGAAUUUUGCUAUUUGCACUAAUAAGGUUUUUGCAGUAGGAACUGCCUGAACUUUGAACAUUGACAAAUGAGGAUGUGAGUUAAAAAAGCAAGGAUUUUUGCAUUAAAAUGUAUUUUUUCACAGGUUGCAAUCAAUUCUGCUUUAUUUUUUUUUAAAUGCCAUGGAACAGAAUUAAAACAGGAUGCAGUUCUUCACCGAAGUCCAGCAUUUACUACAUACUUGAGGAAACAUAUGAGAAAAACCACCUUUUCCAUGGAACUCUCAGACUGGACUAGUAUAAUUUAUCCCUACUGGUUAAUUGCCAAGUAUGAGUGUAUAAGCAUUUGUUGUAAUCGUCUUUCUGAAAUGCUUUGUUUUUACUAUGUUGAUAAGAUUUUUUAAGAGUUUACAGAGGGAUUUAUAAAUAAUGACUGGUCUUUUUAAAUUGACAUGUAAGUAAAUUACACCAAAAUGUAUAUCUGGUUAUAUGUUUCUUCAUCUCUCCU